AUGCGCACCAACGCGAACUCCGCAGCAGCAGCGGCAGCAGCAGAAGCGGCAGGAGCGACAGGAGCGACAGGCCUCGAGGCGGAGAAAACCCACGGAAAACCCACGGAAAACACCCGCAGACAGAGCCCCGGGACCCCCACGCCUCUCCCGGACCCCCCACCCGCGCGCUCCCCUCCACCGGCCCGCGCGGAGAGACGCAUGCGGCAGCCCUGGAAACUUUUCGUCCAGGUCAGGAGAGAAGGAGACGGGAGUAGGAUCCUCACCAAAGGCAGACCUGCAGAGGGUUUUAGCGUCAUCCAUGCUGUCAGCGACCUGCAGAGGGUUUUAGCGUCAUCCAUGCUGUCAGCGACCUGCAGAGGGUUUUAG